UUCUUCACAAGCCAUCGCACAAACCUACAAACCCUUCAAUAUCUCUCCACCAAUGGCUUCCAAGCUCUCUUCACCCAUUGCCCUCCUCCUCCUCGUCAACCUCCUCUUCUUUACUAUGGUCAGCUCCACGUAUGUCCCUUGCCCACCGCCGCCACCCAAGCCCCACAAGCCCACCCCUUCAAGGAAGCCACCAUCACUCCUCAAGUUCUCCAAGGACACCCUAAAGCUCGGCGUCUGCGCCGACUUGCUAGACGGUCUAGUGCACGUAGUGAUCGGUUCACCACCAAAAUCCCCAUGUUGCACCCUAAUCCAAGGCCUUGUUGACCUGGAAGCUGCUGUGUGCCUUGCGGUGAAGGCCAAAGCCUUAGGUCUUCAGAUUGACCUCUUAGUUUCCCUCAGCUUGCUUUUGAACUACUGUGGAAAGAAGGUUCCGUCAGGCUUCCAAUGCCCUACUUGA